CACGGUAUUAAAAGCGUGCAUUAAAUAAUCUACGGUUUGUAAAAAGUGCAUUAGUACAUCUUCUUCUUUGGCGCAUCAACCGUUGUCGGUCAGGGCCUUCCUAUAUUAUUCAUGGGCUUGGCUAUCAGUGUCUUAUCGAUGACUUCAUUGUAGGAUAGUCAGUUCUAUGCAUGGUACCGCCAUACAGUUUUUAGGGCAAGGAUGCAAGACUUUUUUUUCAAAACAAUCUUUAAUCUGCAAGAAACAAUUUGCUUCCAUAACAAGCGAUGAGUAAUUGAUAGAUGAAUGGAAGAGCAGCUCACGCUAAUCGGCGUUGUACAUGCAUCGAUUGUUUUGCAAAAUAAUAAGCAUUGCUUGUGCAUGAAGAGUUUGUGUGUAUGUUUGAUGCAGCGGUUCUUAGCGUUAUCGGAAUGAUUCGAUGGCUUUCAUCAACUGAUCGUCAACCCGAGCCCGUCAAUACAGUGAGACACUUCUUUCCAAUCAGACAACCAACUAAGUUUCUGCUACGAUGUGCAAAAUGCUUACACAUUUAACAGUCGUGCUCACGUUAGCAAGCAUAGCUUUGGGACAACAUUUUUUAGAACAACCUCCUAUAAAUUACAGCGAAGGAAACAGCUUUGAUGACUGUGAGAUACGUUUCGUUACGAGCUACGAUCAACAUGAAAGUGAGAGAAAAUUACAUAGCAGGGUAACGAAUAUAGAGAUUAGUGAACGCAUUAUAGCGUAUGGUGGGGAACGAGCCUAUAAGGGAGAGUUUCAACACAUGGCCGCAAUAGGUUGGACCAGAUCAGAAACAUGGAUCGAAUACCUUUGUGGGGGCAGUUUAAUAACUUGGAGAUUCGUUUUAACAGCCGCACAUUGUUCACAAGACAUUAACUACCUUCCGCCGGAUACAGUACGAUUGGGAGAUACAGAUCUCGCUAGCACAGAUGAUGACGAAACGGCACAACAAAUUCCGAUCGCGCGCUUCAUCAAACAUCCACAGUAUCGAGAAUCGAGAAAGUAUUACGACAUUGCAGUAGUAGAACUCGAGAAAAACGUUAUACCAAACAGCGCAAUUUGUGUAGCGUGCGUAUGGCGUGAACUGGAAGCACCGGGAGAACUAUUGGAUGCGGUGGGAUUUGGUGCUCUUGGGUUUGGAGAAAAGCUGAGCCCAUCCCUGCAAAAGGUAAAAUUACAGGCCCUAGAUGCGACGAUAUGUGCUAAGCGGAUACCGACCAAUCGACGUCAAAUGCCGGAAGGCUUGCGUGAUGAUCAGCUGUGUGCGCAUAGUGAAACCAUGGACACAUGUGAAGGCGACUCGGGAGGCCCACUACAAACGGAUCGACACGAUUUGUUCGGCAACACCUUCCCACUUGUGGUAGGUGUGGUAUCGUUUGGAACUCCUUGCACUGAUGGGUCGACAGGAGUGUACACAAGGGUUAGCUCGUACCUAGAUUGGAUCGAGAAGGAAGUAAAUCAGUCGCUUAGCUACGAGGUUUGCACUGGAGUGAACGUUUGCGAUCGUAAAUUCAACCCUUCCAUAUCUCCUCGCGUUGGACUGUUGUGGAAGGAGACCGAAACGGACAUCUAUCAGUGUGGUGGACUCUUGAUUGACUAUCAGUUUGUUAUUACGUCGGCAGACUGUGUAACUUCCAGCAAAGGACCUCCAACAUACGUAGCCUCUAGCUCUGACAGUGAUCGUGCUGCUAUAGAAGAAGUGUUUGUUCAUCCACGGUUCAUAAAGGGACAACCUUACUUCGAUAUCGCCAUUAUAAAGCUACAAAAGUAUGCAAAUUUAGAUGAAUUGUAUCCGGUUUGUUUAUGGUCAGAGGAGAGGCAUGGUGACUGGAGACAAGUCAAUCUUCUGGCUGGAGCAUCGGUACCGCAAAUGCGAAGCUACGUGGAAGAAUUCAACAUCAGCGUGAAAAGUUCUGUACAAUACGACGUUGAUGGUUACGACUGCAGUGUAGGGGAAAAUGUUGCUCACAACGAUUUGAAAUGUAUCAGUAACGAUCCGACACUGGUGCCAGGAUUGUGUGAGGUUGACUAUGGAGGUCCGGUAUUGACGGAUUACUAUGAUAUUCACUACGAUGAACAGUUUAAGGUGCUUGGUAUUCUGUCCCGUUUGACACAGGGCUGCGGAAGCGAAGUGAUCUUUACCAGUUUGGCACCUCAUAGGCAAUGGUUGGAAUCGAUAAUUUUCAAAGGUAGCCAAAAAGGGAUAAAAUAUCGAUCUAGGGAAACAUUUACGACGUCUGCUAGCUCGACUUAUGUAGGUCUUAAUGGAGUACUUAGUAGACUUCACGGUGAAAUUAUGGCGGGUUUAAUUAUAGCAUGCUUAGGAUAUUUUGUAUGAGAAAUUUUCGCUCCAGGAUAGUUUUAUAACACGAAAAGGAUUAGAAUAUUUUUUAAUCAGUAGUAUAUCAGUAAGAUCUUUUUACUUAUCAUAUACAAAAUUAACUUUAACAUUUUCUUAACCUACACUAAUAAAUAUUUAAAAUUUAAAGGCCAAAACAUGAGACAAAACAAACGCAAAAAUAAAUGCUUUGGAUCGGUGUGGAUGAGUGCGGCAAGAUUUGACGGCUUGAGACGACUUCCAGUGUGUGAGAUUCAUGUAAACGUUUUGUUCGAAUGUUCACAUGCUAUAAAAUUGUAAAGUCUUCAACGUAUUGUCCUUAACAGAAGCAGGAUCAAUUGGAGAGAAAGGAGGUUUCAUUAUUAUUACUAUUUUAAAAAUUUAUCAUGAAGUUACAAAACAUCCCAAAUUUAAAAAUAUUAAGCAUUAUUAUGUAUUAUGUAUCAACACGAAUUUGUACAAUGAUUUUGUCAUUUAUAGAAAAUCCUGGAUAUAGAGAUUUAAAUAUUUUUGGACGGAAUAUCAUUUCUAUAACCAAUUCCCGAGAAAACUAGAUAAUCUUUGAAGGCUAUAAAGCUCGCCAUCAGCUGUUGUAUAGAGUCAAGCUUGAUGAGAAGUAGACGAAGAAGAAGAACAUUAUUAUUCCUUGAUAUCAGUUUGUAUCCAAAAACGAUGUGCCACUGACUAAUUGAAUAAAAUAAUAAAUACAGUAAAAGUGAAACGUCGCCAAAAAAAAUCAACAUUAAAUUUGAUUAAAAAUACUCUACUGUUAUGUUAACAGAAAAUCAAAAUAGAACAACAUAAAGCUAUUACUGUUGUAUUUCACUUUUAAUGUAUUUUUAUUAACACUCAUUUAAAACAGUACACCUAAUAAA